GCGACUACGGCGAGUUCGUCAUCAAGGACCCCGACGAGGUGGCGCGCCUGUGGGGGGUCCGCAAGUGCAAGCCCCAGAUGAACUAGGACAAGCUGAGCCGGGCCCUGCGUUACUACUACAACAAGCGCAUCCUCCACAAGACCAAGGGCAAGAGGUUCACCUACAAGUUCAACUUUAACAAGCUCGUGCUGGUCAACUACCCCUUCAUCGACGUGGGGCUGGCCGGUGGGGCCGGGCCGCAGAGCGCGCCGCCGGUGCCCUCCGGGGGGGGCCACUUCCGCUUCCCCCCCUCGACGUCCGAGGUGCUGUCCCCCACGGAGGACCCGCGCUCGCCGCCGGCCUGCUCGGCCUCCUCGUCGGCCUCGUCCCUGUUUUCGGCCGUGGUGGCCCGCCGCCUGGGCCGGGGCUCGGUCAGCGACUGCAGCGACGGCACCUCGGAACUGGAGGAGGACCCCAGGGCCCGCCCCCCGGGGCCCCCCGAGCUGGGCGCUUUCCGGGGGCCCCCCCUGGCCCGCCUGGCCCCCGACGCCGGCGUCUUCCGGGUGUACCCGAGGCCCCGCGGGGGGCCGGAGCCCCUGAGCCCCUUCCCCGUCUCCCCCCUGGCCGGCCCCGGCUCCCUGCUCCCCCCCCAGCUCUCCCCGGCCAUGCCCGUGACCCCGACCCACCUGGCCUACAGCCCUUCCCCCACGCUGAGCCCCAUGUACCCCGGUGGGGGCGGCGGUUCUGGGGGGGGCUCCCACUUCUCUUUCAGCCCGGAGGACAUGAAACGCUACCUCCAGGCCCACACCCAGAGCGUCUACAACUACCACCUCAGCCCCCGCGCCUUCCUGCACUACCCGGGGCUGGUGGUCCCGCAGCCCCAGCGCCCGGACAAGUGCCCGCUGCCGCCCCUGGCCCCCGAGACGCCGCCCGCCCCCUCCUCGGCCUCUUCCUCCUCCUCGUCCUCCUCGUCUUCCCCCUUCAAGUUCAAGCUGCAGCCCCCGCCCCUGGGCCGCCGCCAGCGCGACCGGGAGAAGCCCCCGGCGGGGGCCGAGAAGGCCGCGGGGGACGUCCCCCUGGCCCCUGGCCCGGCCCCCCCCCAGAUCAAGGUGGAGCCCAUCUCCGAGGGCGAGUCGGAGGAGGUGGAGGUGACCGACAUCAGCGACGAGGACGACGACGACGACGGGGAGGUCUUCAAGGCCCCGCGGGCGCCCCCCGCGCCCCCCAAGGCGGAGCCCGGUGAGGGCCCCGGCCCGGCCCAGUGCAUGCCCCUCAAACUGCGCUUCAAGCGGCGCUGGAGCGAGGAUUGCCGCCUGGAGGGGGGCGGCGGCGGCGGGGGGCAGGAGGAGGAGGACAAGAAGGUCAGGGCGGGGACCCCCCUGGCGCCGCGGCGGGUCAGCGCCGACCUCCAGCAUGCCACUGCCCAGCUCUCCCUGGAGCACCGAGAUUCCUGAGGGGGCCGCCCGCCCCCGCCCCGCCCCCACUUCUGCUGCCUUAAUUCUGCCCUCCCGGGGGGGCCGACCGGCGGGGGAGGGGAGCAGCCAGCUCUUGGGGAUCCCUCCCCCAGGCCGGGCCCUUGCGGGGCCCCUCUUCUGGACCCUUGCCUGCUUCCUCCUGCCCUCUCCCCUUUUGUAUAAAACUUUGGUUUUCUUUUUUUUUUAAAAAAAAAAAAAUGGGUGGGGGGGGGGAUCCCAGAGCCUCCAUCUCUGUAUUUAGGCCCUGGGGAGGGAGGGGGGGGGUCAUCUUUCAGGGGAGGGGGCUGACCUCUCUGGGGCAGUUUUUAUUGGAACCGAGGUUUCCCUUCCCCUGACUCAGAAGUGCACAGGAAUUAAAUAACUACAGCUUAGGAAAUGAAGCCUUGAUUUCCCCCCCUCCCCUUGGGGCCAUAGCACAGUCUGUCCCCUCCCCCAGCCUUUUUGUCCUCUCUUCCCUGCUCCCCUUCGGGUCGGGCGGGGGGGGGGUCAGUGCCCGGGGCCGGCCUUGCCCACCAGGUCUGGGGUGGGGUGGGGGAGGGGAGGGGACAGCUUUGUACUUAACCAAAAACUUCUUGGGGUGGAGAGGGAGGUGGCACUGCCCUCCUGGGGGCCACAAGUCUCUCUCUCUCUCUCUACAAGUGGCUUCUGCCCCCUCCCUCUUGCCCUUCCCUCCCCUCGCCCCUCCUGUCCUCCCGUAAGCUCUCCCUGGGGGGAGGGGGGCCCCAAACCAAACAGAACUGGAACUCUGGGGGGUGGGGGGGACACAAUCAGCCUUAUUCUGUAUAGCAGGGGUGGGGGCCGGGGGAGGGACCUGGAGAAUGUAUCGGAGACAAUAAAAUUUUGGGAUCUUUAAAAAAAAAAAAAAAAAAAGAAUUUUGAGUAGGAGAAACCAUC